GAAGGAUCCUCGCUACUUCCUUGCGUCCAUUAGUCUUCCGUUCCCACUUCCCACCAAUCAUACAUAAAUUCUGAUUGUGUUUUUUUUUGGGGGUUAAUUAAACACAACUCAAAAACUAGAGACAGACACACCCAAAACUAAAGAUGAGCUCCUCUGACUCUUCUUCCGCGGAAUCCCGUCUGGCCACGGCUAAGACGGUUCUCACCACCGCGGCUUCGGUGGCUGCAACCGCAAUGCUGGCUCGAUCGCUAGUCCAAGAUUAUUUGCCUGACGAGGUGCACAACUACAUUUCCUAUGGCUUCCGCAGCAUCUUUAGUUACUUCUCCUCCCAAAUGACGAUAAUCAUCGAAGAAUUUGAAGGUUUUGCUCACAAUGAAGUCUUUGAGGCUGCAGAGGCCUAUCUAGCCACCAAGAUCUCUCCUUCUAACAAAAGAAUCAAAGUGAGUAAACACGAGAAAGAAAACAACUACAAUGUCACCGUGGAGCGUGACGAGGAAGUUGUCGACACCUACAACGGCGUCAAAUUCCAGUGGAUCCUCCAUUGUCGCCAUGUCGAGUCCAAGCACUUCCACAACCCACGGGAUCUAAACUCCACGCUGAGAUCUGAAGUCCGAUCAUUCGAGCUCAACUUCCACAAGAAGUUCAAAGACAUAGCUCUUGAAUCUUACCUGCCAUUCAUGGUGAAAAGAGCCACGUGGUUGAAGCAAGAGAAGAAAACACUCAAGAUCUUCACUCUCUCCCCUGAAAACAUGUACGGGAAUUACUCUGACGCGUGGACCUCUGUUACGCUUGACCAUCCUUCUACCUUCAAAACUCUAGCAAUGGAUUCAGAUACAAAGACCACCGAGGGAAAAGAUCAUUCGGUAGACAAGAAAACCGAAGAGGUUGAUGAACAGCUAGUGAGGAACGACCGUGUUGAUAAGGUCCUUGAAGGUUUGGUCGAGUUAUUAAAAGCCAAGAAGAUGGAGAACGACCAAGAUAAAAGCCAAACAUGA